GCCAAAAGCACCAUCGUCUUGCCUGGGCAGCGAUCUCACAACAUUGUGCAAAGGCAUCGAAGUUGCUACUCGGAGCAAUUUAGCGACGGAGCGACAUCUCGAUGGCAACAUAAGACUCCGAUAGAAUAUCCUCUACGAUGCCAAUGCCCCCUGUAAAGUCGGCCUGCACGGCUUGCAGAGCGUCUCGUGUCCGAUGUAAUGGCGAGAACCCAUGUAACCGAUGUAUCAAGAGGGGAGACACAUGCACGUUCACCGCUAGCCGACGCGGCUUGAAGUUAAGAGGCAAAGCAACAUCCUCGACUUCAGAGCUCUCUGAGCAGAUUUCGAAAAGCACAACAUCCUACACACAAGAAACAAGUCCAGGUAAUGGCUCUAUAUCUACCAUUGGCCAAGAGACAUUUGCCGGGCUUCUUCCUCCACUGUUCAAUGGAGAUUUCGCAGCUUUCGAGUUCGACAACAUCUUUCAAGGCGACUCAGACGCCGAUCUAGAUCGUUUCUUCGUCGACGUCUUUAGCACCCCCUCUUUCCCACGUGUUGGCCUCUGCCAGCCUCCGUCGAUUUCGUCCAUACCAUCUCCUCAUUUGAACACGAGCGAGUACCAGUCAACUACAGCCGUACUCGAAGCUUAUUACCGCCUUUUACAUCCUGUAUUUCCUCUACUUCCACCACCUGUUGAAUUCGAGCAACUUCAGUCGGCACCGUCCUCCUCAUCCCCUCUCAUCCUGGCGUUUCAGGCUCUCUUAAUGCAUGUACAUCAGGAUGGCGCAGGUUGUGAUCUCAACGAUGAGCGUCUUGGAGACCGAAGUACCGUGUCAUCUUCAACCGCUCAACAUGCGCUUGAGACUAUUGAGACUACUGCACCGGGUGUUAUACAACCGAUGCGGGCUUCGAGCUUUCACCCAAACGUCCCCAUAGAAGCCGAAGCACCCUUGGCAUGUUGCGCGUUGAGUCUUUACCAGUAUCUUCAUUGUGGAAACUUCCAAAAGAUGGCAGCCCUUGCCAAUAAAGGGCUCAGUCUCUCAAAGCAAAUGUUGGAAUACCACGAUGCGUCAGCCCCUGGUCAGUUUGCAGAGUCCAUACGUAGGACAUGGUGGAUGAGUUACAUUUGUCGAUGCAACGCUUCGAUCGUGAGCUGUACGCCAUUCGACGAGGCUAUCGAUAGGAGCAGCUUCAUGAUACCGUAUCCUUCAAACAGAGGCGAGACAGAGGUAACGUUUAAUACCAUCAUCGUUGACCAAACUCCAUGUCGUUUCGUUUCUGGGCCGCCUAAUCGUAUGAUAGGUUUGGAUUCAGUACAUCCGAGCCGAGGAAGCCCUUGUUGCGGCCACUCUGAUGCUUGCGGCAUUGCUCAAAGGGUUUAACUCCGAGACAACCGCGUCGUCUUUCAACCGGAACAUUGGAACUCUUGACGCCGUUAUCACACAUCAAUUGGAACAACUCAACUUCCGCCAAUUUCAGCCGCCGGACGAAUCAGGGACAGUGGACAAUCCUGAGUUAAAGCUUGCCAUU